AUGGCCAAGGAACAUGUUGGAUCACCAAAAUAUCACCAGCUGGAAUCAAGAAAGAAUCAUGCCACAUGGAUCCUGUCUGUUAGUGGACUUUGCAUCUUGUUCUAUGCAUUAGGAGCUUGGCAAAGUAGUAUCGCCCCAACAACCCAAACUGACAUCACCAAUAGAGUUGGAUGUGAAAAUGGACCUAAUGAAGCUAUUCAUUCAUUCUCAUCAUCAUCGUCGUCAUUGCCAUCACCAUCAUCAUCGCCCGUGUUCUUGGAUUUCGAAAGUCACCAUCACUUGGUAGAUGAAGAAGAUUCACAAGAACUGCAAGAGUUUCCAACAUGCAAUAUGUCCUACAGUGAAUACACUCCAUGCCAUGAAAGAGAAAGGGGAAGGAAAUUCGAUAGAAAUAUGAUGAAGUUUAGAGAGAGACAUUGUCCAAACAAGGAGGAGCUCCUGCGUUGCCUUAUACCUGCACCACCAAAGUACAAGCUACCCUUCAAAUGGCCAAAGAGUAGAGACUAUGCAUGGUUUGAUAACAUUCCUCACAAAGAGCUUAGCAUUGAGAAAGGUCAUCAGAAUUGGAUUAAAGUUGAAGGUGACCGCUUUAGAUUUCCAGGAGGCGGUACUAUGUUUGCUCGUGGAGCUGAUGCUUACAUCAAUGAUAUCAACGAACUCAUCCCUCUUACUAAUGGAAGCAUUCGGACUGCACUUGAUACAGGGUGUGGAGUUGCAAGUUGGGGUGCAUACUUGCUCAAGAGGGACAUAAUAGCAAUGUCUUUUGCUCCUAAGGACACACAUGAAGCUCAAGUAUGGUUCGCGUUGGAGCGUGGAAUUCCCGCUAUAAUUGGCAUUAUGGGAUCACAACGACUUCCUUACCCAGCAAGAGCAUUCGACAUGGCUCAUUGUUCACGAUGCCUAAUUCCAUGGAGUAAAUAUGAUGGACUAUAUCUAAUUGAAGUGGAUAGAGUUCUAAGGCCUGGUGGAUACUGGAUACUUUCUGGACCUCCUAUUCACUGGAAGAAGUCCUGGAAAGGUUGGGAUAGAACUCAAGAGGAUUUGAAACAUGAACAAGAUGGUAUUGAGGAUGUUGCCAAACGUCUUUGUUGGAAAAAAGUGAUAGAAAAGGGCAGUCUUGCUGUGUGGCAAAAACCAAUCAACCAUAUCGAUUGCAUCAAAAGUAGAAAGGCUCAUCACAAGCCACAUAUGUGCAAAUCAGGCUAUGCCGAUGAAUCUUGGUAUAAAGAACUAGAAAGUUGCAUUACACCCAUGCCGGAGAUAAGCAGCUCGGAUGAAGUCUCAGGUGGAGCUCUAGAAAAAUGGCCAGAACGUGCAUAUGCUGUCCCCCCUAGAAUCAGCAGCAACUCAGUAGCGGGCAUCACACUGGAGAAGUUCCAAGAGGAUGCCAAACUUUGGAAGGAGCGAGUGACACAUUAUAAAACCAUCGUUACCUCUUUACCUCAAGGAAGAUAUCGUAAUAUAAUGGACAUGAAUGCUUAUCUUGGUGGAUUUGCAGCAGCUUUGAUGAAAUAUCCUGUGUGGGUAAUGAACGUCGUUCCUGCCAAUUCACAACCCGACACUUUAGGGAUAGUUUAUGAAAGAGGAUUCAUUGGGGUUUAUCAUGAUUGGUGUGAAGCAUUCUCGACUUAUCCACGAACAUACGAUUUCAUCCAUGCAGGUGGUGUUUUCAGCAUGUAUCAAGAUCGGUGCGACGCCAUAGAUAUUCUAUUGGAAAUGGAUAGAAUCUUGCGGCCAGAAGGGACUGUUAUAUUCAGAGAUGAGGUGGAAGUAAUCGAAAAGAUUAAAAGUACAGCAGAACAUAUGAAAUGGAACACCAAGAUCAUUGACCAUGAAAGUGGAGCAUUCGGCAAGGACAAAGUCCUAGUUGCUGUCAAGAGUUACUGGACGAGUGAAGCUAAAGAGGAGGAAGAUGACAUUGAAUCUAACUAA